UAAAAUGGCCGAAAGAAAGCGAUGAAGUUUCUUUUGUUGCUAAAUAAUUUUUCAUCUUCUAAACACUAGAAGUGCAAUAAAAAUGAAGGAAAUAAACAUAAAUAUUGAAGGCUACAAUGUUAACGGGAUAUGCGUCGGCUGCUUAAGCUAUAAUCGUCGUAUGUUUUAUCAUAGAGACAUCAAAGAAUGUUUCCGUUUGCUAGGAAAUAUUGACGUGCCGGAUGGUCUUGAAGUACAAGUAUGCUGGGAAUGCCUGGUUUACAUCAGAUCUGCUCUCAGGUUCAAGGAUCAGAUACUGCAGUCAUUUGAUUUUCUCAUCAAAUACUCUCAAGAGCGCACAUUCCUAGACUCCCCGAAUGACUUCCUACCCCACUGCAAUAGCAGAGUUAGCAGAUUUAUAACAACUGACGUGGAGUCCUGUGAUGUUGUGACCAAAGUGUCCGCUACUAAUGACAAAACUGUGGAAAUUAAGAUAGAAGAUGACGAUGUUAAGUUCGAAUUAGACACGUCAGAAGUGAAAGAAGAAAGUUCAGACCAUACAUACGCAGACAUAUUCCACGAGGUACCUCUACUGGACCAUGAUCUGACUUCCGAUGAGGAUGUCCAGCUGUCUAAGAUUAAAGAGAAGGAGGAAAAGGGACGGAAGAAGAGGAAGGAUGAGAGGAGACGGGAUAGGCAAAUCGAGCAAAAAGUGAAAAAGGGUAGAAAGUUACUGAAUCUACCGGAGAAUUUGGUAGAAUUGUAUACUAUGACAGAAGAUGAGAUGUGGAAAGUUAGAAUCGAAGAUCUGAACAGCAAGGAGUUUCAGAAAAUUAAAUAUAGGUGCGAUGACUGUAUCAAAGCAUUCAAUACGGAAAAGUUGAUGCAAGAUCACAUGAACGGAAAACAUCAACUGAAAGGCCCCGUCUGCCACCAAUGCAACAUAUGCAAAGCCUACUUCUUAACCAAGGAUAACGUCUCAGCACACAAGAAAUUACACCUACAGGCCUAUAAGUGUGUGCAGUGUGGCUAUACUAGCGCAGUCAAGCGCUGCAUGCUGCGCCAUGUAGCUACUCAUGCGGAAAUAAAUGCUCAUGUCUGUUACACCUGCGGCACUAGCUUUACUACAAAAUCGAAGUUAGCCUACCAUCGAGGCGUCUGCAGUCAAGAAAAACCUCAGUGUGAUUGUUGCGGGAAAGUGUUUGCCAACAAAAUGACGCUGAAAUACCAUCUCAACCGCAUGCAGCCGCAGAGUGGGGACGUUAAGCCGAAACCGAAGCUGUAUAUACCGUGCAAGGGAUGUGAUAAAGUCUUCCACACGAAGAAGAGCUAUAGAGCGCAUGCUGUUAUCCACGAGGGCCACUCCUAUCCUUGCCCUAUUUGUGGCAAACUCUUCCAAUGGAAGCGCAACCUAGCUCGUCACACUCGCAACCACCGCGAACGUGAUGCUGGCAACACUCAUGCCUGCCGCGCCUGCAACAAGACAUUCGCCAGCCGCGACUGUUACAACAAUCAUAUGCGGCUCAGCAAGAAGCACGUCUGCGCUGAUACCUUCCAACACGAGUGUAACUACUGUGGUAAGAAAUUUGCCACAAAAUGGUGUCUCACCGACCACAUAGAUUGGGAUCAUUUGAAGAUUAUCAAGUACCAGUGCAGCGUGUGUUUCAAGGCAUUUAAAACGGCUAAGAUAUUAGUAGUUCACGUCAAUAACAUACACGAAGGCAAGAAGAAAGAAGAGGAAGGUGAACAUUUGUGUGAAAUAUGUGGGAAAUCAUACAAGACGGUGAAACGCCUUAAAGGUCACGUAUGGUCAAUGCACACGAACCGGCCAAACAGCAAAGUGUACAAAUGUAAGCUAUGUCCGGCCACCUUCAUGUGGCAGACCAGCAUCUACAAGCAUACUAAGAUGAUGCACGACAAUAAGAAGAUCAAGCCGCCGCGACCUCCCCCAGUGAAGAAAGAAGAGCCCUACCCGGGAAUCGAACUCGCGAACCGAAUGCAAUACUUCCAACAAGCCAUUCCAGGAAACCUUAAUAUAGUGCAUUUACAACCUAUUGGAAUAGCUCAGAAUAUCGUGUGAAAAUCAGUGUGUAAUCCUAACUAAUAUUAUAAAUGCGAAAGUAACUCUGUCUGUCUGUCUGUGUGUUACGCUUUCACGUCUAAACCACUGAACUGAUUUUAAUAAAAUUUGGUACAGAGAUAGAGUUUACCUUGAGAAAGAACAUAGGAUGGUUUUUAUCCCGGACUUUUGAAGAAUUCUCUUGGAAACGCGAUAUAACCGAACUCUCCGCGGGCGAAACCGCAGGCGGAAGCUAGUAGUUUAUAGCUAUCAAUAUUCAAAAUCUUGAUGACAAUACGACGACAAAUAAAACCGAGUUCGAUAAUAUACUUAAAACCUUCUGCUAAUAAAUAGUGUGCUGAACCUCAUCAAAAUCAGUACAGCCAAAUAUGAGAUAAUUGCGCAUAAAUAUUUUAUCUACUUGAUGAUUCGAUAAACUUAAAAAGAACUAGUGCAGUUCUUUUUAAGUUUAUCGAAUCACCAAAUUAAUCACUGAUUAAAAAAAUUCUUUCACUGUUGGGGCGCUACACUCUUCCCGAGUAACAUAGGCUAUAUUUUAUCCCGGUACGGGCAGUAGUUCCCACGGGACGCAGGUGAAACCGCGGGAAAACGGCUAGUUGUUUAUAUUUAGACUGAGAAAAUAAAUUAGAGGUAUACGAUAUUUAAUUUAUUGUCGUAUUGUUAUCAACAAUUUGUAUUUAUGUAAUUUGAUUAAUAAUACAAGCUGUUGAUUUGCAUCCGUGCCAUAUAAGGACGUAACUAUGCUAAUGAUUCUUGACCCAAAUCAACAAAAAAAUUUUUUUUUUUU